CAUCAUCUGUGUGUGUGUGUGAGGAACGGCGAGACGCAAUGUGGAUUUCUCUCUUUCCCCUCACACUCGUGUGGCUGUCUACGACCCAAGCUUUUGAACCCUGUGAAAAAGUCCUCGUCCAGUGUAUGUCGAAAAAUGUUUCCUGGACCAGCUGCUAUGAGGACAGAAUUGCAAGCUGUGUGGUAAAAGGCCGUUCAUUGCCAAACUUCAUUCAUCGGAGGGUGAGCUGGACGCAAGAGGCGGAUGAGACUCCUACUCUUCAACACAGGGUUCAAAUCUCAUCGUCAGCUCUCCAGAGAAGCAGAGGAGCGUCUCAGGAGGAGGUGCUGCUGGUGGCCACUGUGAUCAACAGCACUUUCUUCAAGCUGAGUCCCCCCCUUCAGGAAACAGGACGCGGGAGACGCAUCACACUAGACAGGCCCAGUCCAAAGACUGUUCUGGGGGGGUUAGUCCUGGCAGUGAGGGCGGGGAACCAUCCUGUCAGGGACCUCUCACAAGCCAUCAAACUAACCUUCAAACACAACAAACAGUUUCAGGUGGAGACUGGGGCUUGUGUGUUUUGGCAGGAGUCACCGCGUAACGAUGGAACAGGUUAUUGGAACACAAGCGGCUGUGAUACCAGCGACAAAGGAAAUGAAUUUAUUUGCAGCUGCAACCACCUGAGCUUCUUCGCUGUGCUUGUGAACCCUGCGCUAUCAGUGGAUGAAAGUGAUGCUGUGAACCUUAGCUAUAUCACCUACGUUGGAUCAGCACUCUCCAUCUUCUUCACAGUCAUCAGCUUGAUCAUCUAUAUAUGUCUGCAACGGCGGCGUCCCGAGAAGGCUAUCGGCGUGCAUUUGCAACUAACCGGAGCGCUGCUCUGCCUCCACCUCAGCUUCCUGCUGUGCUGCUUCUGGGUGUGGCAGCUGAACGAGAAAGAGGACGACUGGGUUUGCCGGGGUCUGGGUCUCCUUUUGCACUGGUCCCUGCUGGCCACCUUCACCUGGACAGCUCUGGAGGGAUUCCACCUCUACCUCCUCCUAGUUCGAGUCUUCAACAUCUACAUCAGGAGAUACCUGCUCAAACUCAGCUUGGUGGGAUGGGGUCUCCCAACACUGAUUGCAGUGGUUUGUGGGAUUUCAGGUGUUUAUGGAAAAUACAGUCUGGAACUGAGGGAUGCUGACAACCGCAAUUCAACAGCGGAGAUAUGCUGGAUGAGCAGCCACAGGCUUUCGGUCAGCUUCGUUACUACCGUGGCCUUCCCAUGCCUGGUGAUACUGUGCAAUUCCUGCAUGCUGGGGCUGGUGGUGUUUAAGCUCUGGGGGCUGAGGGCGGGCCGUGGAGGUGCUGAAAGCGGUGGUGACUCGGAGAAGAUGACCAGAGAAAAAUGGAUGAAGUUAUGGAAGGACUGUGCCACAGUGCUGGGCCUCAGCUGCGUGCUGGGUUUACCUUGGGGGUUAGCGAGCACCACCUACAUCUCCCUCUCUGGGAUCUACGUGUUCACGAUACUAAACUCCCUACAGGGUGAGUACGUGCAUGACCCACCUAACAAGUAUCCAUCCAGCUUUUUUUAUUUGUUGGAAGGAUUCACAGCUUUUCCAAUCAUUCUUCCUAGGUGUAUUCAUGUUCCUGUGGUCCUUGGCGCUGUCCUGCAAGUCUUGGUCUGACAACAACUCCUCCGUCAGAGACCCGUCCACUCAGAAAGUGAUGACAACCAGUUUCAAUAACUAAUAUUCACAGCGACCAGUGUGUUAGUGGUCUCCUAUAUUAAGUGCUUACUGGCCUCCAGUCAUAUACAAGCAUUAAAUGACAAUAACUUAAUCAUGUCAUGUAACUUCUUGAAAUUAAGUUUGCAUAGGCAAACAUGCAUCAUGAACAGUAACCCCUUCUAAUUAUUUAUUGUUGCGACAGUUAUGAAACUUAUGGUUACAGUAAUAACAAUUUUAUUAAUAAAAGUAUUAUUAUCUCUGCCAGGUGGGAAUUGCUCACAUAUGUGCGUACGCGCUUCUGUGAGUGAGCGAGCGAGUGAGUGUCUGUGUCUGUCCACAGCUAAUCUUGAAUUCCACUGCAGCAAACUGCAUAAUAUUUUGGGUGCAUGCGCAAGGACCUCACAUGGUUGAGGUGACUGGCACUUCCUCAAAACACCUUUUAUUGCCUGUUUUAUUCUGCCACUGAGUGCCUGCUGACUCCACACUUCCUACUCUCAACCCGCCCCCCCGGGCCGGUAGAGACACAGUGGGUGGAGGGGGGAAGGGGGGGGGGGUUGCCUGCUUUUAUUUUUUUUAACAGUGUUUUUGGCAAACAGCUAACAAAUCAUGGAACUGCCUGUUUACACACAUCUGACAGAAACUGAUCAACCAACAAUGAUUACCAAAACAUAGCAAAUGAAUACCCAUAACAUAAUACCAUAUAUUCCAUAAUAAAGUUGUUAAAAAGAACCAUCCAAAAACAACAACAUUAAAACAAACUAAGAUUUAAAACCCUUACCCAACAGUAACA